CUCCGCGUGCCUGCCUGUGGGAGGGGGCGUUGCUAAGCGAACGAGCGGUUGCUAGGGUCCGGUUGCUAGGGUGGUGGGAGAAGAAGACGAAGGUGCUUCCGGGGCGCCUGGGUUUGACCAGGAAGCGCUUCCUAGCGGGGUUGCAGCGUGAAGAUGGCGGCGGAAGAGCCUCAACAGCAACCGGAGCCCGUCGGAGGGGACACCGAUGGGGUGAAUUGCUUGGCCUACGAUGAAGCCAUAAUGGCCCAGCAGGAUCGAAUUCAGCAGGAGAUCGCCGUCCAGAACCCUCUAGUCUCAGAAAGGAUGGAGCUGUCGGUCCUGUACAAAGAAUACGCCGACGAUGACCAUAUCUAUCAGCAGAAGAUCAAGGAUUUGCUGAAAAAGUAUGCGUUCAUCCGGAAGACAAGGCCGGAUGGGAAUUGCUUCUAUCGGGCAUUUGGCUUCUCCCACCUCGAAGCUCUGUUGGAGGACAGCAAGGAACUUCAGCGCUUCAAAGAAGUGGCCGCCAAAAGCAAAGACGUGCUGGUGUCGCAAGGCUUCACAGAAUUCACCAUUGAGGACUUCCACAACACAUUCAUGGACCUGAUAGAACAAGUGGAGAAACAAACCACAGUCUCGGACCUGCUGGCCUCCUUCAACGACCAGAGCACCUCAGAUUACCUGGUGGUGUACCUGCGACUGCUCACCUCCGGGUACCUGCAGCGCGAGAACAAGUUUUUUGAGCACUUCAUCGAGGGAGGGCGCAGCAUAAAGGAGUUCUGCCAGCAGGAGGUGGAGCCGAUGUGCAAGGAAAGCGACCACAUCCACAUCAUCGCCUUGGCCCAGGCCCUCAACGUCUCCAUCCUGGUGGAAUACAUGGACCGGGGCGAGGGCGGCGCCACCAACCCUCACGUCUUCCCCGAGGGCUCGGAGCCGAAAGUGUAUCUACUGUACAGACCGGGACACUACGACAUCCUGUAUAAAUAGAGGCGGCGUGGGGGGGAGGGGGCGCUGCUUGGCCGGUGAGCCAGGCCCCCUCUUUUCCUCCGCCUCGCCCAUGUCUCCCUGCCCACCUGCUAGGCAGCGUCGUCUGUGGUUGUAAAUGGUGAUCGCUCUUGCUGCCAUCUCGCUCACUUGGUUUAUUAUUAUAUUUUUUUCCCUCCUUUUGUUGUUACACUCACACACACACGUCUGUGUUUUAUUAAAGGGGAUGCCGGUGAAA